AACGGAGCGUACUUGACUCCUAGCGACUGAAAAUGAAUUAUCGAAUUUCUGAAUUAUUUUAUUAAAAUUAAAUUACAUAGUGUAGCCGUAAGUGUACUACGUAGGCGUAAAAAUAUUUAUUGCUUUAGGUAUUAUUAGUUUACUGAGUAUUUUAUACGGUUUUAUUUACUAACAAAUUUUGCUUCAUCGAUGGACUUUAGAAUCGAUAACCCAAUUUCUUUUAAGUUUUUAAACGACUGCAAUUGUGCAUUACUGUGUCGCUGUAAAAUGCUGUUGUGUUAAGGUUGUGUGAAGUUAUAGUGCCCGUUGUGACCAUGCUUUUCACACCGAUUUAUAUUGCUAUGACCUUUAUAAAGACCUGGAGAAUUCGCUCGUUUCGCGCUCGUCUACUUGAAUUUUUGAACGGUAACACAAGUGUCGCAUUUUGCAAAGUCCCUGAAAAUGCAGCAGAAACCCCUACACUUAGUUCUAAGCUAUGUACAAAUCCAAAAAAUGCAUAUCUAUGUGAUUUACUGGACUAUACGAAUGCUACGAGAAUCUGCAGUAUGAAGCCGACCCAGUUGAUAGAGAUCAAUGACUGGGUAACAUGUGCGAAUGGCUUGCCACUCGGCUCCAGUGACCAAUCUCCCAUCACCGACUUAGAUGUGGAUGUGUUGUUUGAGUGUGAGAUGGAACCCCAUGAUAAUACAGGGCAAGAUAUCAUUACUUUAGAAUCUAUGGGUCAGCCAGUAGCAUGGAAAGCAGGCUCACACCUUGCUAUAAUAGUGAAGACAAAUAUAGAACACCUCAGUGUCAUCGGCUUCAAUUUCAUUGGUGGAGAGUUUGUCAUAGACCACAAUCUGCCUGUAGUCAGGAUACAGACUGUUCAGCUAUCAGGGGAACCAAAUAAGGCUUCCGAUACAUCUAUGAGAAGUCUCCGCAGUGACAUUCAGCACAGUCUCAAACAGCCAGCCAAUGAGUUUCAGUGGCCAGUACACGCUGCACUACUCAGGAAACUCUCCAAAGUUGUAGAUAUUAAGUCUGAUGCUAAGAAUACCAUACAGAUGAAUGGAAGCAGCGGAGAACUGGUACUUGAAGUACCACCUCCUCGAAAAACUGUCACCCUAGCUGAUGUCAGUGUGAACACGGGCAAAUCGUUAUCAGGAGAGGAAACAGACAAUCCCGAGGACAGUAAAAAUGCAAUAGAAGUUGCAAUAAAGCCAGAAGAACUACAGCCUGAUGAAAAAGAAGUUAUAUUGGAAAAUGUCACAGUAGAAAUACAACACAAUAUCACACCAAAGAAAUCUAGUUUAAAACUUGACUUGAAGAAGGGUACGAGUCAACUUUCAACUUCUCUAUUAAACAUAUCUAGCCAAAUAAAGUCUGUAACUACUCAUAAAAGGAUAGUAAGUACGACCGGACCAAAGAGGCCGCAGUCCCAGAUAGAUUGUUACCCAGUAAAGGAGGAGACGGCUAGGAGUUCAAGCUCUCAGAGUACGCCGAAAUCUGUGAAAAGUUCCCGUCCAUUAGUGAAUACAAAGUCACCGAAUGUGUUGAUUUAUUCUGAUAGUAUAGUAGCUAGAGAUAAUUUGGAGGCCUCCCUUAGGAAAAUACUGGAUUGUGAUAGGUAUACGUUAUACGUGGUGUCGCGUGAAACGCUCGAGGCAGGAGCGUGGCGCGGGCGGGCAGCGCUGGUGGCCGUAGCAGGCUGUGUAGGCCGGGCCGCGCCACUUCUGUUGGCGCAUUUGUUAGCAGGGGGCCGAUUACUCGCACUCUGUUCUGAUCUACUCCAUACUGUGUUGCCGUACUAUAAGACUGCCGAGGUUCGUGAAAAUGAAAUAGUUCAAUUCAGUUACGAUAAAUGGAAAUCUGUGAAGAUGAAACAUCACAUAUUCUGCUACCAAGCGUCGCCUGCCAAGAAACAAUUUUCAACGGAAUGCGACAGGCAGCCUUCCAAGUACACGGGUCAUCCUGGCCACGAGCUGGAUAUCCAGGUGUUGGCCUCCGAGGAAACGUGGCGCACACCCUCACUGCUGCAGUCCACAGACCUGACUAACGGAGGCAUCGCUAUAUUCUCACAGAUACAUUUAGAAGCUGACCCCAGCGAUUACCUAGGCGACGAGGGAAUGAAAAGUAACGACGCUCGCCUGGGAAUCAUUCACAAAAUACUAGGCGAUAUACUCGGUCUUCACGUAAAGGAACCAAAAGAACUGACUCAGAUUGAGUAUACGCGAGGUUUCUUCCUAGGCAACCAUGUGAACAAGCUGCAGCUGGUGGAGGCGUGUCCGCUAGUGGAUGGGGCGCGCGUGCAGACCUUGGGCGACUUGCGAGUGCAGUGGUGCCUCACGGGGGAGGAGCCUCUGCAGCCGCCUGGCCCCUCCUUCCUGCCUGUAUACGUCUACGAGUGCCCCGAACACUUUUCCACCGUCGAAUAUUUUGAUAACCUAACAUCGAAGCACAUGGGUCGGCUGGUGGUAUACUCGGACGUGAUGUCGUCGACGAUGCACGUGACGAGCGGCCCGCUGGCGCACGGCGCGGGCUCCGUGGCGCGCCGCCAGGCCGCCGGCCGGGGCCGCGCCGGGAACUCGUGGAUCUCGCCGCUAGGGCAGGCUGCUAUAUCGCUACAGGUUUGGAUGAAAGUAUCGCCGUGCCUCCCUCUAGUACAACACGCCGCUGCACUGGCCGCCGUGCGGGCCAUACGGUCGCAGCCAGCUUACGAACAUUUGGAUAUUAGGAUAAAAUGGCCGAACGAUAUAUAUUUUGGUCGUGACGUCAAAAUCGGUGGCACUAUCACCACCGCCAACUGCAUCGGCGAACAAGUCUACGUUAAUAUAGGUACCGGUGUAAACAUAUCGAAUAGUGUGCCGACAAUGUGUCUGAACGACAUUAUAACGGAACACAACAAACUCCACGGCACCACUCUACCUCUAAUAUCAAUAGAGAAGUUCCUAGCGAGAUAUUGCUCGCAACUCGAGCGGAUAAUCGAUUACAUGAGCUCGGACGGAGGAAUCGAUGCCUUUUUCGAACAGUAUUACCAGUAUUGGUUGCAUACUGGUGAAUCGAUCCGUAUUAAAAGUGAGGCGACGUCAACUCCAGUGGAUGGUACAAUAAAGGGGUUAGACGAAGCAGGCUGGCUGGUGGUCACUACAGCCGGGGGCGAGGUCACGGUGGCUCCCGACGGUAAUACCUUUGACAUGAUGAGCGGACUUGUCGCGCCACGUGUUUAGGUCAACUAUAUAAGGGGCAUCCAUAAAUUAUGUGAGGUG